AUGAGCCCCUUAAACUUGAGCUUUGCCAACGCAGGUGCCAUGCGUCGGGCCCACUCCGUUAACGGGCAAGAAGCGAACGACGCGUUAGAUCCAAGCUUCCAUAACGGGGAGCAAUUUUAUGGCACGUACCACAUCAUCCGUAAGAACCGGCCGAUCGUCGUGCUGCUGGUGUUUCUCAGCUGUGCCGUGGGAGCCCUGUUACGAACUGUUUUGAAAGAAACAAAAAUACCUAUUCUUGUAAUUAUAUUUGUCAUUGGACUUAUCCUUGGAAUAUUACCUUUUGUGAAGAGCAUUGCAGAAAUAGAUCCUGUACUUUUCCUUCAUUUGUUUACACCAGUUAUAAUAUUUACAGCUUCAUUUGAAAUGGAUUUUUAUAUAUUUCGAAAAUCAUUUUGGCAGGUGUUAAUUCUUGCAGUUCCUGGCUUUUUGAUGAACUGUGCUUUCCUUGGAUGGUUGAUUUACAAAAUUAAUAAGUAUAAUUGGUCCUGGGAUGAUAGCAUGUUGUUUGGAAUAAUUCUUAGCACAACAGAUCCUGUCCUUUCUGUGGCUUCUGUAAGAAACAUUGGCCUUUCAAAAAUAGUUAUCAACUUAAUUAAAGGCGAGUCUUUGUUUAACGAUGCUACCACAGUAAUUAUUUUUGAAUUAUAUAGGGACCUCGUAAAUCGCAGUCAUCAUGAAGUAGUUAAAGAAAUUUUUGUAAAAUUGAUUUUAAAAUUCUUUGCAAGUGCUGUAUUUGGAUUUUUGAGUUCACGCUUGGUUAUAUUCUGGUUGCAACACAUUUUCAAUGAUGGAGUUAUUGAAGUAGUUUUGAGCUUUUCAAUGGCAUACAUAAUUUUCUUUGUUGCUGAAUGGCUUGGGAUGUCUGGAGUUAUAGCUCUUUGUAUUCUGGGUCUUCUUUUAGAUUCUGUAAGUUUUAGCCCAGGAAUGGAUGUAUUUCUUUAUAAGUUCUGGGCAAUGUUGACAUUUUUGGCUCACAUUAUGAUAUAUCUGAUAAUGGGAAUUGUUAUAGCCCAAAAAACAUUUCCAUAUAUAAAUACCCGUGCUUUUUUUUAUAUUGUAACAGUCUACCUUUCGUUGAAUCUUGUCAGGGCUUUAGUUGUUUUGGCAUUGAGCCCUUUUCUGAGUCGUCUUGGUUAUGGAUUUAAUUGGCGUUGGGGAGCUAUUAUUGUUUGGAGUGGAAUGAGGGGCACAUUCACUUUGAACAUGGCACUUGGAAUUAGCCAAACAGAAAGUGUAACUCCUGCUGAGGUUCACAUUAAGACUAUGAUAUUAUUGCAUUCUGGAACAGCAUCUUUGUUAACCUUGAUAAUUAAUUCUACCACUGUGAAAAAGCUGGUAAUGACCCUAGGGCAUACAAGUUUAUCCUUACCUUGACGAUUAGAUACAGAAGAAGUUAAUCAACUGGUCAAAGCCAUUAAAUGCCCAGACUGUAAUGCUGAUAUUACAUUUGAGAGAAGUCCUCAACAAAUUGCUGACAUAAUGGAAGAAGCCAGGUUACGUCUUUUAACUGCACAAAUAGCCAGUUAUCAAAAGCAAUACAACAGUGGAAUGCUGAAUCAAGAUGCUGCCCAGACAUUAAUAGGUGCAACAGAAAGCUAUGUUGAUAUUGAAGGAAAAUUUAUGAAUAUUCAUGAAGUAAAGACAUAUUGGGAAAGCAAAGGAAUACUCGUGAUAAUGAAGAAGUGGCUGUCUGAUUGGGUUUACAAUGUGAAAGAUGAAACUUUCAAGCCACCAAAGAACAAAUUUCUGAGGUUUUUUCACCAAACAGUGUUUAUGGAGGAAUUUGAAUAUAUAAGCACCAUGAUAACAUAUUUGAACGUCAUACCUAUUGUUCUUAACUUUAUACCAAGUGUUACUUCAUCCUACCUUCCACAGCUUAAGUUGUGCAACUACUAUUUUCUGACGUGUUAUAUAUUGGAAGCUUUAUUGAAGGCUUUUGCAAUGGGCAAUGCCUAUAUCUAUUACCACUGGAAUCAAUUUGAUAUUUUAAUCAUAAUAAUUGGAAUUAUAGAUGUCAUAAUUAUUAAUGUCUUUAAGUCACUUGCUCCAUCAUAUCCUAUGCUUAAUACUAUCAGGAUAUUCAGGAUGAUUCGUAUUCUAAGAGUUCUGCGACUCUUGAAGCUUGUAAUACCCAAAGUGAUUUUCUUGUUGGAAAAACAAAUAAACAAACAGCUCACAUUCCGGUAUGAUAUUGCCAAAGGAUAUGUUCAAGGUGAAGAAGAUAUCAAAUGUCUGAUUGGACAGAUUGCUGGCCAUGAAAAAGUUUAUCUGGAAAUAAAUAAAAUAUUGGAAAGAAACAAGCAAGAGGCUAUGAAGGAACUAGGCUUAAUGCAACGUGAUUAUCCUGAUAUUGUCACUGCAGUGAAAACCAGACAAGCAGUCCAAACAGUGUUGAAUACAGCUUCUGAAACACUUAGGUUUAUGAUAUCAGGAGGAAUUGUUGAUAAAAAUGAAGGAGCAGAACUGCAGAAGAUGAUUUUAAUUAAAAGAAAACAGCUAGCGACACUUCCACCUACAAUUGAACCACCCACAGCACAGGAUCUUCUGCAUAAUGUCAUGUGGCUACAGAAUGACAAAAACCAGAUAGAAUAUAUUCAGAAAAAAGCAAAAAUUCUUUAUUAUGAUUAUGGAGAUAUUAUAUUUGAUGAAGGUGAACUACCCCAAGGAAUCCAUUUAAUUGUAUCAGGAAUGGUCAAGCUUUCUGGUUCUGCUCCUCGUUACGGAGUUGAUAAAGAAACCCUGAAAGAAACUAAUAAAGAAGCCCCAAAAGAAGUUAAUAUAGAUGCUCAAAAAGACAUUUAUAACAAAGCCCAGAAAGAUCUGACUAAUCAAAAUCAGAAGCGCCAUCCAGCAUCUUCCUAUACAGACUAUUUGGUUACUGGUGCCAUAAUAGGAGAACUCAACUGCCUAACUAAGCAAGAAAUGGAAUAUGGAGUUACUUGUGAAACUGCUGUGCAGACAUGUUUUAUUUCUAUAGAUGAUUUGCUUGAAGCUUUUGAUACAUUUCUAGAACCACCUUCAUUAGAAUAUAAAAUAUGGCUGAAACUUGCUCUUGAUGUUACUCUCAAAACUUUCAAAGAAAAUCUUCCUAACCAGGAUUGGUCCUACAAGGUGUGCGUGCAAUUUUCUAACAUGUAUGUGUUGGAUGUACCAAACCACACCAAAUGUGACAUUUAUGAUGGGGCUAUGGAUGAUGUCAUUCUUGUACAUGGAGCUGUACAAGAUUGUCAACUGGGACAGCGAUAUUGUGCACCAUGCAUUUUGCCAAAAACCUGCCAUCAGGUACAAGGCACUGCAUCUGCAACAAAACUACUCGUUAUACGAACAACAGAGCAUGGAGCACGAAAGAGCACUGAAACAUGUAGUAGCAUUUGCCAUUAUCAUUCAACUCGGAGACAUGGUGAGAAAGUUCUUGAAAACCUUAAACUAGCAAACUAA